CAUAAUUCUUGAGCCCGAGCUGAAGUUAACAUGCAUAAAAUAAAGCUACGACACAUUCAACAGGCCAGAGGCCUUUCUCAACUGUUACAAAAGGUAUCAAUGAGUUCCCAGCCAAAUGUUUAUGUGACUCGUCCGGAUGUGGAUGACAGUGGACUGGAAUUGCUGCGUAAGAGUUGCAAUGUGUCAACAUGGUCACAGCCUUUGCCAGUGCCGCGAGAUGAAUUACUUCGUCAGGUUAAGGGCAAGGAUGCUCUAUACUGUGCUCUAACGGAUAAAAUCGAUGCCGCCGUGCUUGAUGCGGCUGGAACGCAGUUAAAAUGCGUGGCCACCAUUUCAGUGGGUUUUGAGCACAUUGAUGUGGAGGAGUGCAAAAAACGUGGCAUUCGCGUUGGGUACACGCCCGACGUGCUGACCGACGCCACAGCCGAGCUAACGCUCGCAUUACUGCUGGCCACUAAUAGACGUUUGUUCGAGGCCAGCAAGCAGGUUUACAAUGGCGGCUGGAAAUCGUGGGCACCCAUGUGGAUGUGUGGUCAAGGAUUGAAGAACUCGCGUGUUGGUUUAUAUGGAUUUGGGCGCAUUGGUCAGGAGAUUGCUGCUCGCAUUGUACCUUUCAAACCAGCUCAGAUAACCUAUACGACUCGCACUGCUAGGCCAGCGGAGGCAGCUAAGGUUAAUGCUCGGCGCGUGGACUUUGACGAGAUGCUCUGCUUAUCGGAUUUUAUUGUGGUUUGCUGCUCUCUAACCCCUGAUACCAAGGAAGUAUUUAAUGCUUCUGCAUUUGAGAAAAUGAAACCCAAUUGCAUUUUUAUCAAUACGGCACGAGGUGGAAAUGUGGAUCAAAAUGCUCUUUAUGACGCACUCCAUUCGAAGCGGAUACUUGCUGCAGGCUUGGAUGUGACCACACCAGAGCCACUGCCACUUGAUGAUCCACUCUUAAAACUAGAUAAUAUUGUUAUAUUGCCGCAUAUUGGCAGCGCAGACAUUGAAACACGCAAGGAGAUGUCCCGUAUAACGGCCAGAAAUAUUUUGGCGGCUUUGAAUGGUUGCCAAAUGGAGGCCGAAGUGAUGUAAAUCAAUCUUAAAUCUCUGAUAAUUGUCUUUAAUUAAAGCCAGCAAUAAAAUUAAUUUUCAAAAGAAGAAAUAUAGAAUGAGUCGUUCCUUAGGUAAGUUAUAUAAGAUGAUUAUACUUUCGUUGGCGAAAACAUAUUUAUCUAAAUUUGGUCAGUGUCUAAAUUAAUUAAAUAAAUAUUGGAUAACAUGGUACUGUUAAGUAUAUUUCUAGAAAUGUGCGUAAAAGUUCUUGACUAUCGUCAAAAUCUUUAGAUGAUAGAUGCUUGAGUGUUUGGUUAUAUCACUAACCGCUUUACACUACGUGUCCGGUCUAUGUGUUUUCUGGUUAGUGGUUUUAUCACUGACCGCUGUGUUCUAUGGUUAGUGGCUUUAUUUAAGUAUUAAUAUAUUUUUUAUUCAUUUUUCUACCCAGAAUAUAUUGUAUUUUAUACAUACAUAUAUUCCUCCCUUUAUUUUAAGAUGCUAAUUUGAAUUAAUAAAGAGCUUCUCAGAACAGAAAUUAAUUAAUUAAUACUCUAAAAUAUAAAUACUACAAUUUAAAUGGGCGCAUGAUAUCAAUAUACGAUAAGCACAUACAUAUAUUCUACAUUCCAUAUUUUGGCACAAUUCCAAAGUUCUAAGAAUGACGCAAAAAAUUAAAAAAAAAAAACGCCUGUGGGAAAUUUUUGAUAAUAAACAAAUAAACAAACAUACAAACUAUAUACAUUGCAUCAGCAUGCGUAGGCUUACUUUCUUUUCAAGUAUUCAAACUUUUAAAUUGAACGGACAUUAAAAGAAAAUCGAAAGCUACUCAUCGACAAAUUUUGACGAUAGUUCAAAAUUACUAUUUACUCAUUUGACACUGUUGGCCAAUAUUUAUUUCUUAAAUAUUUCAACAGGUAUAAAAUUUUAGUCCAUUAGCAAAGAUUGAGUCACCAUACAAAAUUAAAUAAAUUCUAUCAAGACGAAGUAGUUAGAACUUAUUUUAUUUGCAGUAUGAAAAUUAAGUAAUUUUACCAUAAAAAUGUUCCGAUAGUAACACUGGUAACACUAUUGCUCACUGCUCCUAACAGUUGAGCAAAAUGCUAAGUUAACAGCAUGCGCCAUUUUUUUCGUCUCGUUCCUUCUUUUUACUGUUUCAGCGCGUGGCAGUUGUGGCUCCGGUUCCGUGCAGUUGUUAAUUGCAAUUUUGCCAGAAAUUUGAACUCAUAUUUUAAAACACCAACGCCAAGAUGAAAAUC